AGCACAGGACCGAACAGAGGAAGAGAAAAAAGAGAGAGGAAGAGAGGAAAAUCUCGUCAUGUCUCUCUUCUUGUUCUCUGCUGAGUGAACUCGCGGGCGUUUUUUCGCAUGCAGAUAAUGUCCGAGAAUGUCCAUUUCUGGGACUUUGAGCAACUAUUACGUGGACUCCAUCAUAAGUCACGAGAGCGAUGAACUCUCGACCCCGACGCGCUUUCCCAGCGUCCAGUAUUCCGGCUCCAGCGCCGCCGCCGCAGCAGCAGCGGUAGCGGCGGCAGCAGCGGCGGGCGGGAGGCAGCCAGGAGGCGCCGCGCAUGCGGAGCAUCCUCAUCCCGAGUCCUAUCCAUCAUGCAGUUUCCAGCCGAAGCCCCCGGUCUUCUCUCCGUCCUGGAGCCCCUUCAGUCCGCACAAUGGUGCCAGUGGCCUCCCCACCGUCUACCACCCUUACAUCCCAACUCAGCACGUGCCCGCCGCGGACACUCGGUACUUACGCUCGUGGCUGGACUGCCCUCCGCGCGGCUCCGAGUCUGUCCCGGGACAGGGCCAGACGGGACAGGUUAAGCUCGAGCCGCAGCUCGGGCACCUCGGCGGGGAGAUCUCAGCCAAACUGGGCGGACAGCAGCACCAGCACGAGACCACCACCACAUACAUCCUGGCGUCGACGUCCGCGAGCCAUCAUCCAACCGCCAUCGCGGGAGCACGGUUCGACGAAAAUAAGGACAUUUGUGAGGGGAGUGAGGACAAAGACGGCAUGGAUCAAAAUGACCCCUCGGCCAACUGGCUCCACGCGCGCUCCUCCAGGAAGAAGCGGUGCCCGUACACCAAAUACCAGACGCUCGAGUUGGAGAAGGAGUUCCUGUUCAACAUGUACCUCACGCGGGACCGGCGGCACGAGGUGGCGCGCGCUCUGAACCUGACGGAACGACAAGUGAAGAUCUGGUUCCAGAAUCGGAGGAUGAAAAUGAAGAAACAGAGCAAGGAGCAGCCCAAGGACUAAAACUGACCUCUCUUUACUUACGCUCGUACGGUGUCACCGACACCAAAUCCUCCCCUUCCUCUUUGUAAUGUCCACACAACACAAAAUGGCCUUCAAGACGACUGUAAACAUAACUUCACCUAAACCUGAGUCACUAUACCACGUGAGCUUCAGACCAAACUGUAAAAACUGGUCAAUUGCUUUAUUGAUCCCCCAAUUAAAGGCACCCACGCCAUGUGACGAUGUAAGGAGACUGUGGAACUGUAGAAUCCUCUGCGUCAGUGCGCACGGACCACCUUCUCCUCCUCCUCCUCUUCCUCCUCCUUCUCAUGGACCAGUUCCCUGUCAAAUGGUUUCGACUCCACAUUAAACUGUUUGAGUGA